GAUUGUGUGAGUGUUGGAUGGAUGGAUAGUGCUACAGGAGCGCGCGCACACAUGCACAGAGGCAAACGCACACACUGUGAAAGAUAGUGUGUGAGGCAGCCAGCCAGUCAGUCGGUGCGAGUGUGCGAGCCAUGUUGGAUGUGAAUGAACGGGAGGAGAGAUGCUGCCGCGCCGCUCCUAACGCUCAGACCUCCAGCUCCACGGACCACAGCGGGUAGAUGCCAACUCUCCAGGUCGACAGAGAGACGGGGGAGCCUGGGGGAAGGUGUCGGGCGGUGCUGGCGGUCCUGGAACUGGCCAGCUAGCCGGUAAGAGGGGGAGAGAGAGAAGUAACGAAGGGGAGAAGAAGAAAGGAAAGAAAGAAGGCGAGAAAGAGAGAAUAGGCAGAGGUGGAAGAGGGAGAAAGGAGGGGGGAGAUACAGAGAAAGGAAGAGACUAAAUGGCUGCACCGCUACCGGGCUUCACCCCGCUCCUGCUCUCUUCUUUGGCACUCCACCUGCUUCUCCUCGGCCCUUUGUUCGCCUUCGCCCCGGGGACGGUGAAUACAGGAGGGGCUUCCAACAGAUGGACCUCGGGCCUCUGCUACCGAGACGCCGGUAAAGUGAACCAGCAGCAGCAGUGCGAGGAGGCAGGGGAGUCGCCGAGGGGCAGCUGGAAUCUACGCCAAAGCAGGUGGACCGUAGUGCGGAUACAGACUGAGGGAUGCUGCGGAGUGCAGCGUACAAGAGGAUAUCAGCCGGAUGGUGCGAGGGGGACACGGGAAGAGAGACUGAAAGGACUCGGGACGUUUGGGAAGAGUGCAGGCGGCCCACUGGCUCCAUCACCGCCGCCGCCUCCACCUCAUCCUCUCCAUCCCGGUAUUAGGAGCAGGUCCGAUGGCGGCGCGGGAGUGGAGGAGAGAGGAGGGCUGGGGAGGAGGAGGAGGAGAAGGAGGAAGGGCGUUGUUUCACCUCCCGCUUCACCUGCUUUCACCUCCUCGCCGGCUCAGAACGGCAAGAAAAGGGCAGUACAAAGGACUAGAACGUGCGCUCAACGGUGGCCGGCGUCGAGGCCACACCUCGCUAAACGUGGUGCCGCCGGAGCCUUUGUGCACGCCUCUGGCCUGCGCGGGGCACCCGGAAAUGAGGGGGGAGAGGUGUGGGAGAGGGCUCGUGAGGUGAGGCGAGGGUCAUUUGCAACACGGUGCUCCCCGACACCCGGCCAAAUCCACCAGCCAAGCCCUGACAAACGAGCCCUCUCUCCGGCCAACAAGCCCUCACCUGGCCCACUUCCAACCUGCAGCCGUCCGCUGUCUGGAUACAUUUCACCACAAGCUGAUGCUACAAACUACACCUUCAAACCCAGCCUCAUCCUCAGCAGCGCCUUAUAUUCUAUCCCUGCAUCCAAACUGGACUACAUAUAUCAAUUUUUAACUUGUAAUUCCUCUGAUAAAACCCAGAAACAGUCGGUUUUAAGGAAGGAGGUUUGGGAAGCUGGCGUGGACAGGAGUGCUGGUAAUUAUUCUCAUUUGGGCAGGCACAAUGUUAUCGAUCCCAGCCGCAGCAACAGCAGCAGAGAGGGGGGUGAUGAUAGCUGGUUGCCUGGGUGCGUUAGGAACACAGAGAACGACAGAGUGGCGAGGACUUGGGGAGGUGAUGGGGUGGGCAGGGUCACGUGCAGAUAUGCCAGGGCGCACCUUGAGUUUUGGUUACCACCUCUGCGUAAUGCAACGUCUAACCAUGCCAGAAAUAUGGAUAAGAGGAAGGCUGAGAGCAGAGAGAUAAAGGGUGGGAGAGGAGAAGGGGUGAAGCAAGGCAACAAACAUAAUAAUUUAUCUAAUUACAUGGAUAAUGAUUUGGCUUUUCCGAUUCUGACGCUCUUAUGUAGCUCUUUUGAUGAGCUUCAACGGGGGAAAUCAGUACCAGCGACCAGGGGCCAAACCCGGGGAGAGCACAGGGAGGCCCCCAAUGGUGGUUUGGACAGAAAAGAAAAGGGGAAAGGACAUUUAGGCGAGUUUAUGGUUCCCGAGGGAGGCGUAGUUCAGAGGAAUCUCCUCAUCCAGUUUAUCCUUAGUAGCAUGGCGGAGACACGCAGCCAACAGUUUAUAUCCAACAAAAACGCCAUUUUCGAAAUCCUAGCAAAAUAUUCUGGGCCGGUGCUCAGUCCGCCCACUCAGGCACAAACAGACGAUUACACACAGAGUGGAAAACUCUCCACAGCGCUCCGUGCUUCUGCAGAAAAAAUAGAAGCAACUUUAGAGAGGGAGUCUGCCAGUGACUCAGGCUUUUUCUUGUCUGCUAAGUUUCCUGUUGCAUCUCCGCGUCCUCUCACGCAGUCUGAUCUGAUUACAGAAACGCACCCUUCGUUUUCCUCGCAAAUUAACCUGACCGCAUGGCAGCACGACUCCCCACUCCACUCACACUCCUCUACUGAGGACGUGAUUUCAGCACAACGGACAGCUCCGAUUGUGCUCUUGUGGAGCAAAUUCAACAGCAACAGUAAUAACAACAACCAGGAGGAGGGAGAGGAGGAGAUGAACGGCUACAGUCGUGAAUCUGAAAUCCAGAAAUCGCCUUGGCAUGGUCAGACACGACAGGGGGAUGUGUGGGACAAUGGCGCGCUGCGAGACACGGUCCACACAGCUGACAGCGUCUCCACCGACUGUGGAAGGGACAGUAGCGCGCGUAUGCAAUUAAAAUCCAGUAAGCAAGUGCCAUUAGAGCCCGGAGGUGUUAGACAUCCAGAUAGGUGGCAGAUGGGGGAGAGGGACACGGGGAGGGAGGGAGAGGGCUCCGGGGGGUCCGCUGAUACUGCCGAGGCUGUUGCUGCUGCUUGGAGAGGAAAAUUACAGGUGGGGGAGGGCGAGGGAGAGGCGCGGCUGAUAGUGGGGAGAGAGGAGGAAGAGGGAAUAACAAAGCAGGCAGUGGAGAGAGAGGCAGAAGGAAGGAAGGGUCAGGAUGGGGGCAGCAGCAGCACCACCACCAUCAUCACACAGCCAGAUAGCAAAAUAGGGAAGAAAGAGGAUGAAAGCCACGAGGGGGGUGAGGGAGGAGGGGAGGAGGGGGACGAGAGGCACCGUUCAAGGGGAGAGAGGAGCCUGGAACGCCUGAUAAUGCCACCAGGUGAUGAAUCCUCACAGGGAGAAAGGGAGGUUUUGAUGCCUCGAUCCAGACGCGCAGCCAACAGACACCCGCACUUCUCCCUGUAUAAUUAUCAAGUGCAAGUAGCCGAGAACCAACCACCCAGCACCUCCGUCCUCCUAAUGUCUGCCUCAGACUCUGAUGCUGGGGAUGCAGGCAGGGUGAGCUACAGCAUGGCCCCUCUGAUGAAUAGCAGAUCCUCAGAUUACUUCCACAUCCAUCCAGACACAGGCCUCAUCACCACCACUCAGGUUCUUGACCGGGAGCACAUGGAUCUGCAUUACUUCCGGGUCACAGCGACCGAUUAUGGCUCUCCUCGCCUCUCUGGCACCACGAUGGUCGCCAUUACUGUUGCAGACAGGAACGAUCACUCUCCCAUAUUCGAGCAGUCAGAGUACAGGGAGACCAUCAGAGAGAAUGUGGAGGAAGGUUAUCCCAUCCUGCAGCUGAGAGCAACAGACUCAGAUUCCCCCUCAAACGCUAAUAUUCGUUACCGAUUUGUGGGCGACACAGCUGUGAUUGCACGAGCGGCCUUUGAGAUCGACCCUCGCUCCGGCCUCAUUACGACUAGAGGAUUGGUGGACCGUGAAACAAAUGAGCACUACACGCUUCAGGUGGAGGCCAGCGACCAGGGGAAGGAUCCUGGGCCGCGAUCCGCCACUGUCAAAGUUUUCAUCACCGUGCUGGAUGAAAAUGACAAUGUGCCACAGUUCAGUGAAAAGCGCUACGUGGUCGCAGUGAAGGAGGAUGUGCGGCCUCACUCUGAGAUCUUGCAAGUUAGCGCCACCGACCGGGACAAGGACAGUAACGCCGCCGUUCACUAUAAUAUCAUCAGCGGGAACAGCCGUGGACAGUUUUCCAUUGACAGCAUCACCGGUGAGAUCCAGGUGGUGGCGCCGCUGGACUACGAGGCCGAACGGGAGUACACGCUCCGGGUUCGAGCGCAGGACAACGGACGGCCUCCUCUCUCCAACAACACUGGGAUUGUCAGCGUGCAAGUGACAGAUGUGAAUGACAACCCACCUAUCUUUGUCUCCACACCAUUUCAAGCAUCUGUGCUCGAAAGCGCCCCAGUUGGAAGCUCCAUCCUCCACAUCCAGGCCAUUGAUACAGAUUCUGGUGAUAAUGCCCGGCUGGAGUACAGGUUAACUGGCACCAGCUCUGACACUCCAUUCAUCAUCAAUUCUGCAACAGGCUGGGUCACUGUCAGCUCCAUUCUUGACAGAGAGUCUGUAGAGCACUAUUUCUUUGGUGUGGAGGCCAGAGAUUAUGGCAUGCCGCCUCUUUCUGCUACAGCUAGCGUUACUAUAACAGUGAUGGAUGUUAAUGACAACCGCCCAGAGUUCCUUCAGAAGGAGUACUAUGCUCGGCUGAAUGAGGAUGCAGCAGUGGGCACCAGUGUGGUGACGGUCACGGCUGUGGACCGAGAUGUCAACAGUGCGGUGACCUAUCAGAUAACAGGUGGAAACACCAGAAACCGCUUUGCUAUCAGCACAGCAGGAGGGGCUGGACUUCUCUCCUUAGCGCUGCCUCUGGACUACAAACAGGAGCGACGUUAUGUUCUCACCGUCACUGCCUCGGACCGGACGCUCCAUGACACUUGUCAGGUGCACAUCAACAUCACGGACGCCAACACGCAUCGGCCGGUCUUCCAGAGCGCCCACUACUCUGUCAGUGUGAACGAGGACCGGCCGCCUGGCAGCACCGUGGUUGUGAUCAGUGCCACUGAUGAUGAUGUUGGUGAAAAUGCUCGAAUCACUUACUUUCUUGAGGACAAUAUCCCACAGUUUCGCAUUGAUCCAGCCACAGGAGCUAUAACACUUCUGGCCGAGCUGGACUACGAGGACCAGAUGACCUACACAUUGGCUAUAACAGCUAAAGACAACGGAAUACCACAGAAAUCAGACACAACAUAUGUAGAGGUGAAUGUGAAUGACGUGAAUGAUAAUGCACCUCAGUUUCUUAGUCCCAGGUAUCAGGGAACAGUGAGUGAAGACGCUCCUCCAUUCACCAGCGUCCUCCAAAUCUCCGCCACUGACCGUGAUGCCCACGCCAACGGUCGGGUUCAGUACACCUUCCAAAAUGGCGAAGAUGGAGAUGGAGAUUUUACCAUCGAACCCACAUCUGGUAUUGUCCGAACUGUUCGACGUUUGGACCGUGAGAGCGUCCCAUUCUAUGAACUCACUGCCUACGCCGUGGAUCGAGGUGUUCCCCCUCAGCGAACCCCAGUCCACAUACAGGUGACGGUCCUGGAUGUCAACGACAAUGCCCCUGUCUUCCCUGCUGAUGACUUCGAGGUUCUGGUGAAGGAAAACAGUGUUGUUGGCUCUGUGGUCGCCCAGAUCACAGCUACUGACCCAGAUGAGGGUGCCAACGCUCAGAUUAUGUACCAAAUUGUUGAGGGAAACAUCCCUGAGAUCUUUCAGAUGGACAUCUUCUCAGGAGAGCUCACUUCGCUCAUCGAUCUUGACUAUGAGGCCCGAAACGAGUACGUCAUCGUAGUCCAGGCUACAUCUGCACCUCUGGUCAGCCGGGCCACUGUCCGGAUCCGACUAGUGGACCAGAACGACAACCGGCCGACCCUGCAGGACUUUCAAAUCAUCUUUAAUAACUUUGUGUCCAACCGGUCCAACAGUUUUCCCAGUGGGGUGAUUGGGAGGGUCCCUGCCCACGAUCCAGACGUUUCAGACAGGCUGUACUACACCAUCGACAGGGGCAAUGAGCUUCACCUGCUGCUGCUGAAUCACACCAGCGGAGAGAUCCGGCUGAGCCGAAAACUGGAUAACAACAGGCCGCUGGUGGCUCCCAUGCUGAUCACCGUCACGGACGGCGUCCACAGUAUCUCAGCCCAGUGUGUUCUCCGCGUCCUCAUCAUCACCGAGGACAUGCUGGGCAGCAGCGUCACCGUCCGCCUCCAGAACAUGUCCCAGGAGCACUUCCUGUCGCCGCUGCUGGGUAACUUCCUGGAAGGCGUGUCGGCAGUGCUGUCAGUGCCCGUCGAGGACGUCUUCAUCUUUAACAUCCAGCCGGACCUGGACGCGGCACCGGGAGGGAUCCUGAACGUCAGCUUCUCGGCUGUGCUGCCAGGCGGACACUUCUUCCCCUCCGAGGCUCUGGAGGAGCAGCUCUACCUGAACAGGCCGAGGCUGACGUCACUGACGCAGAUGGAGGUUCUGCCGUUCGACGACAACGUGUGCUUGCGGGAGCCCUGCCAGAACUACAUGAAGUGCAUCUCGGUGCUGCGCUUCAACAGCUCAGCCCCCUUCAUCUCCUCGCCCUCCAUCUUGUUCCGGCCCAUCCACCCCAUCGCCGGCCUUCGUUGCCGCUGCCCUGUGGGCUUCACGGGCGAUUACUGCGAGACAGAGAUCAACCUGUGCUACUCCAACCCCUGCCUGAACGGAGGAGUCUGUGCCCGCAGAGAGGGAGGAUACACCUGCAUCUGCCGGGAAGACUACACUGGUGACCGCUGUGAGUUCGACCGACGGCAGGGCAGGUGUGUUCCAGGUGUGUGCCGUAACGGAGGAACCUGUCGGGAGCUUUCAGGUGGAGGUUUCCGUUGCGAGUGUCCUGCAGGAGGCUACGAGCGUCCGUACUGCACCGUCACCGCUCGGUCCUUCCAGCCCAAAUCCUUCGCCAUGUUCCGGGGUCUCCGCCAGAGAUUUCACCUCUCCAUCUCGUUAACUUUUGCCACAUUGGAGAGCAGCGGUCUUCUCUUCUAUAACGGACGCUUCAAUGAGAAACAUGACUUCAUCGCUUUGGAGAUCCAAGAGGGACAAGUGGUGUUCAAAUACUCCACAGGUGAGUCGUCCACUCAGGUGAGUCCCUACUUGCCUGGCGGUGUGAGCGACGGAGACUGGCACACCGUUCACAUCCACUACUACAACAAGCCAGCUAUACGCUAUCCUAAGCGCAGUAUGAGCGGUGAAGCCCAGGGUCCAUCAGAUGAGAAGAUUGCUGUGGUGAGCGUUGAUGACUGCGAUACUUCCUUGUCGCUCCGCUUCGGCACGCAGCUCGGAAAUUAUAGCUGCGCGGCUCAGGGCAAACAGACCAGCAACAAGAAGUCUCUGGAUCUGACUGGUCCGUUGUUUCUGGGCGGAGUCCCCAACGUGCCUGACAACUUUCCCUUCGGCACCAGAGAGUUCAUCGGCUGCAUGAAGGAGCUGCACAUCGACAACAAGCCGCUGGAUCUGGCUGGAUUCAUCGCCAACAACGGAACUCUUCCUGGCUGCAGCGCCAAACUGCCCUUCUGUAAGUCCAACCCCUGCCAGAACGGAGGCACCUGCAGGGUGAGCUGGGAGACUUUCUCCUGCGACUGUCCAUUAGGAUAUGGAGGGAAGGACUGUAGCCAUGUGAUGCCACACCCACACCGCUUCCUGGGUAACAGCGCCCUCUGGUGGGACCUGAAGAAUGACGUGACCAUCUCCACGCCCUGGUACCUCGGCCUGGUGUUCCGGACCAGAGCGAAAGAGGGAACCCUGCUGCAGGCCCAGGCCGGGCAGUACACCAGCCUGUUGUUCCAGGUGAUAAAUGGUCAGCUGGUGUUCUCCGUGACCCGCGGUGCGACCAGACCGGUUCGUCUGCGGCUGGAUCAGGUUCAAGUGGCAGACGGCCGAUGGCACGACGUCCAGCUGGAGCUGCGAGACGUUCGCAGCGGCCGCGAGACGCGAUACGUCGCCACGCUGAGGCUUGACUUUGGACUCUAUCAGGGUACGGUGAUAGUGGGAAAUGAGAUUCAUGGCUUAAAGGUGAAACAUCUGCAUGUGGGAGGAGUGCUCGGCUCCGGAGAGGUUCAGAAUGGGAUAAGAGGAUGCAUACAGGGUGUUCGUUUGGGUGUUCGGCCGGACUCUCCUGCCCUUCCUCGCCCAUCCAGAGCUGUCAAAGUGGAAACUGGAUGUAGUGUUGGGAACGCUUGCAUGUCAUCUCCUUGCCCAUCUCACAGCCGGUGCGCCGACCAAUGGGAGCGACACACCUGUGUAUGCGAAUCUGGUUACUAUGGGAAUGGUUGCACCGACGCCUGCCAGCUGAAUCCGUGUGAAAAUGAAGCUCAGUGCCAUAGGAAGCCCAGCUCCUCUCACGGAUACAUCUGUGACUGCGGCGACAAUCACUACGGCCAAUACUGCCAGCACGGGAUUGAUCACCAGUGUCCUAGGGGCUGGUGGGGAUCUCCAACCUGUGGACCAUGUCACUGUGACACCAACAAAGGCUUCGACCCCGACUGCAACAAGACAAGCGGACACUGUCACUGCAAGGAGUUUCACUACCGUCCACGAGGUUCCGACACCUGCCUUCCGUGCGACUGCUACCCGGUUGGCUCCUUCUCACGGUCAUGUGACCCAGAAUCGGGCCAAUGUCAGUGCAGGCCCGGCGUGAUUGGUCGCCAAUGCAAUGCUUGUGACAGCCCCUUCGCCGAGGUCACCAAUUCAGGCUGUGAAGUUAUUUACGAUGGGUGUCCAAAGACCAUCACUCAGGGGAUCUGGUGGCCUCGGACCAAGUUUAACCUGCCGGCUGCCGUGCCCUGCCCCAAAGGCUCUGUUGGUGCAGCCAUCAGACACUGUGAUGUGGAGAGAGGAUGGCUGGAACCGGAUCUUUACAACUGUACCUCACCUCCAUUUGUGGAGCUCAAUGCUGCUCUUGAUUCCCUGGAGCGUAAUGAGACGGAGCUUAACACCAUCCUGGAGAAGAAACUUGCCCACCAGCUCCGCGACGUGACCGAGUCCACUGCCCGUCUCUAUGGCAACGACCUGCAGAUCACCGAGCGUCUGCUGUCCCGCCUCCUCACGUUCGAGACCCAGCAGAGCGGCUUCGGACUCACGGCCACCCAGGACGCUCACUUCAACGAGAACAUCGUCCGAGGCUGCAGCGUGGUGUUGGAUCCUGGUACCUCCGGACUCUGGCGGGCUCUCACUCAGAGUCAGAACCACGUCCCAGGUGGCGGUCCAGCCGAGCUGACCGAGCUGCUGGAGCAGUAUGCGCAGAACCUGGCCCAGAACAUGAAGCUCACCUACCUCAACCCCGUGGCUCUGGUUGCUCCCAACAUAGUCAUGAACCUGGACCGCGUGGAGAACCACACCCACGUGCGACGGCGUUUUCCUCGCUACCACACCUCCAUGUUCCGGAGCCAGGUGGUGUGGGACCCCUACACCCACGUCAUACUGCCCCCUGCUGCCCUGGUGCCACAGCGGCAGCAGCAGCAGCACAGCUGGAAGGAGAAGGAAAGAACUACCGAGAAAAACCCCUCGACCAAUCAGAACACAGCGUCGGCCCCCGUCAGCAUCUCGGCCAAUCAGACAGGAGAAUACGUGGCGGCCAGACGCACCGUUUCACUACCUGAGCCUCCAUUUACCAUCGUCAUCCUGCUGAUCUAUCGAAGUCUUGGUGCUGCUCUUCCUCCCAAAUACCACACCGACCGACGGGGAGUCAGGCUUCCCAGACAUCCAGUAAUGAACUCCCCAGUGGUCACUAUUUCAGUCUACAACAACCAGACAUUUGUCAGUGGACACUUGGAUCAGCCCAUCCUGCUGGAGUUCAAGCUGCUGGAAACAGCCAAUCGCAGCAAACCUCUUUGUGUACAGUGGAACCACAGCAGCCCACAUGAGUUAGGAGGCUGCUGGACUGUCAGAGACUGUAUGGUUGUCUACAGAAAUACAUCUCAUGUCCGCUGUCAAUGCCAGAGACUGGGAACCUUCGGCGUGCUGAUGGACAGUUCACAUAGAGAGCAGUUGGAGGGGGAUCUGGAGACUCUGGCCCUGGUUACGCAUUCUUCUCUAUGUGUCUCCAUGCUCGCCCUCCUUCUCACUGUCUUCGUCCUUUCCUGCCUCCGAGGCCUCAAGUCCAACACCAGGAGCAUCCAUUCUAACACAGCAGCGGCCAUGUUUCUGUCAGAGCUGGUGUUUUUAUUGGGUGUCAGUCAGACUGAACAACAGUUCCUGUGUACGGUCAUUGCCAUCCUGCUGCACUACUUCUUCAUGUCCACGUUUGCCUGGAUGUUCGUCGAGGGCCUCCACAUCUACCGCAUGCAGACCGAGCAGCGCAACAUCAACUACGGUGCUAUGAGAUUCUAUUACGCCAUUGGCUGGGGCGUCCCCGCCAUCAUCACAGGGCUGGCAGUCGGUUUGGACCCAGAGGGUUACGGGAACCCAGACUUCUGCUGGAUCUCCAUCUAUGACAAACUCAUCUGGAGCUUCGCCGGUCCCAUCGCCAUUGUCAUACUGAUGAACGGAGGAAUUUUCAUGAUCGUAGCCAAGAUGUCAUGUAAGCCAUCACAGAAGGAGACCAAGAAGCUUCCCGUCAUUGCUACUAUCCGAAACGCCUUCCUGCUGCUGCUGGUGGCCACUUCCACCUGGCUGUGUGGUCUGAUGGCCGUGAACAAUAGCAUCCUGGCUUUCUACUACAUAUUCAAUGUCCUCUGUCUAUUUCAGGGUUUGUCGGUGAUGCUCGUCUUCACCGUGUUCAACUCGGAGGUUCAGGAGGCCUGGAGAGUAGCCUGUUUAGGUAAAAAGAGUCCUGGAGAAGAACCACCGAGACCACCACAGAACACAGUUCAAAACCCCUAUCAUAAUGCAUCUCUGUUGGAGCAGAGCGGCCUCCACCGGAUCACCCUGGGAACCUCCACCAUCUCCUCUGUCAGCUCUGCCAGAGAAAAUCUUUUAGCUCGACAGACUCUGGAACAAAACAUCGUCCACACCGGAGCUACUGACCUGGAUGUAGCCAUGUUCCAUAGAGACGGAGGUGAGGACUCGGACUCGGACUCUGAUCUCUCCAUGGAGGAGGAGCAUAGUCUCUCCAUCCCUUCGUCUGAGAGUGAGGACAAUGUGCGUCUCCGUGGACGCAUCCAGCGGCGGUUCAAACGCUCCAAUCACAGCGAGCGUCUGCUCACCGAACCCACCAACAAUGGUACCAAAGAUCUGGAUGGCAAUGACCUUUUGUCCUACUGGCCAGCUUCGGAGGAGUGUGAGACACACACCCUGCAGAAGUGGGGCUCAGAGCGCCCCCUGGGGGCAGAUUUCAGCAAGGAUACUGCCAAUAACAACCAGCCAGACGCAGCGCUCACCAGUGGAGAUGAGAAUGGCCUCACCCAGCCACACAGGCACCGCAAGGGUAUCCUGAAGAACCGCCUCGGCUGUACUCCAGCUCUCCAGGGUCUCUCCACCAUGGGCCGAGUUCCCAGUGAGCUCAACUGGUACCGGACCUCUACUCUAGGUCACCGAGGCGUUCCUGCAGCCUCGUAUGGUCGCAUGUACUCUGCCACGGCUGGUGCUGGUGGAGGUUCUGGUUCUCUGUCCCAGCCAGCAUCCCGCUACUCCUCCAGGGAGCAUCUGGACUCUCUUGCCCGGAGGCAGCUGUCCAGGGAUCCGCUGGGGAGGCAGACGGUUGGGGGUUCAAGGGACCGACUGGACUCCCGGGGUUCCAGAGACAACCUGGAUCUCUUACCCAGGAGGAGAGACCUGGGGCUGGGGCAAGGAGCCGGGCUGGGUGGCCUGGACCACCAGAGGGUCUCAUCGUCCCGAGAGAACCUGACAGGAUCCAGGGACAGACUGGACAACCACCACGCGAGCAGCUUCCACGCUUCGAGGGAGGACUUGAGUGGAACUGUCGGACCCAGGAUGGAUGGCUACCUGAGCGGGUCGAGGUCGCAGCUGAACACGUUGACUCGGCGACAGGCCUCAUCCCGGGAGCACCUGGGGGGGGCGCUGAUGACCAGCCGGUCGAGGGAGCAGCUGGAGACCAACGGAGUGGGAGCCCAGGUUCAGCCUUGUCGGGAGUGGCUCCGGACUUUGCCUCCUCGCCAGCCAUCGCACACCGACCAGCCUCCCUCGUCCUCCCCACCUCCCCCGAUCUCCGAGGAGCCCCAGCAGGAGCAGCAGCCUCCCUCAGCUCAUGCCAGGGGACGACUGGACUCUGCACCUUCAUGUAGGUACUCCCAGGGGCCAGGUGCAAAUCCAAACCCCCUGGGUCGGCAACCGUCCAGUGAGCAACUGGAUAUCCUGACCUCCAUCCUGGCCUCCUUCAGCUCCUCUGUCCUCACUCCUCCCCCUGCUGCCUUUAACCCCGGUCCCAAUGGCUCCGUCCAUAGACCCUCCCUUUCCCCGUCGCAGUCUGCCACCUCCCACAGCAUAUCUGAAGUCUCCCCCGACUCCGAAACCAACAGAAGUGAAGGACAGUCUUGAUGACAGCCUCCAUAUCCCAUAAUGCAUUACAACAGUGCUGGGGACACAAGGGACAAGCUCAAAGGUCCACUGGGACAUUGGAGGACUACAAAGCAAGCUUUCAAAUUAGACGGAGGCACUGAUAAAAAGAAGCAUCAUCUGUAUAUGAUAGAACUGAUAGAACUCUAUCAUAUGCAGAUAAUGCGUCAAAAACUUGAUUUGUACAGAAACAAACUUGUGGGCGAGUUGAACUGUACAAAUCAAGUUUUUGACUCCAACCGCCUACAAGAAACUAUGAUGGUUCUUUGGACGUUGAGUCAACCACGUCUACUACCUAAAGAACGCUACAGACUACAGCAAAACUCCUCAGAUUUCAAACAUUAGCCUGAACCACGCAAGAUCUGUCGAAAAGGGAAAAAAAAGCGACUGUAAAUAACAUUUUUAUACAUUUUGUAUCUUUUUCAUUGGAGAUGAAGAAGAAAUCUCUUGUGAUGUUUUUGUUUUGUUUUCUGUUUUUUCAAAAACGAUUGUGUCCGUGUGAGGUUGUGAGGUUGGUGCGAGUGCAGUCUUGUUUGUUUGCUGAGGGAGAGAUUUUCCCCCGAUAAAGAGUUAAAGAUAAAAAAAGAAAAUAAUCCCCCAAAUUUCUCCAUGAAAAGCAUUUUUUCCUCAGAAACUUCUCCUCACACUCACCCUCAUCUUUAUGUAUAGCGACAGGGCUCCAGCAAUAGUAUCGAAUGAGAUUACUGAAAAACUGCGAGAUGUUGUUGGAGUGAAAAUAUCAAAGUAUCAGGAAGUGAUUGUAAAUAAAGGAAGGGAUUAUUAUAACGUAUUUGAUAAAUGAGAUGAUUGUGCAGAGAAAGAUUGCAAAGGUUCGUAGCAGGUGUUAAAGGUCAGUCACGAGUGUCAAAGUUAUCAGCUCUGUCAGGAGAUUGUGCUGGUUUUGUGAUCCGCUGUUAUAUGAAAGUGACCUUGUCCUCCAUCUGUGUAUCUUCGAGCCCGGGCUGUCUGAAUCAGACCAUAUCAGUGUGCUGAUAUUACCAGACCAUAUCCUUAGUGUUCUGGAGACUCAGUGGGUGAAGGUUCAUAUCUCCGUCCGCCUCUCUGCAUAAGGCCAUGUUAAGCAAUGACUGUUUAAACCCUUUCAAGGUUUUAUUUUAUUUUUUAUUUUUUUUAAUACUUUGAUGCAUCACGACUCAACCUUCCUCAACGGGGAUGCCUACAGGAGCAGCUCAACCUCUCUGGCAGCAUUCAGGAGACUCAUUUCUCAAAGCUUCUCAUUUACGAAGAAAUUCUGUGCAAAUCUAAAGCCAAAGGGACUUAAAAAUCAGUAUGAUACAUUGAUGCUCUGCAGUUUUCUGUGAUGACUUGUGCAGAUGUAAUUUUGUUUUAAUCUUUUUUUUUUUUUUUUUUAACAAUAAUCGUGCCAUGGAAAUAAGUCUAAAAUGAAAAAUUCUUGUUACUAAUGAG